AUGAUUAUUUCAAAUAUAUCAUAUAUUCGCUUUAUCUCAUUAAAAACACCAAAGACAGCACUUCGUCUCUUAGGAUAUCGCUUUUAUACUUCAUCUUCUAAAGAAUAUGACGUAGUAAUUAUUGGAGGUGGGCCAGGUGGAUAUGUUGCUGCAAUUAAAGCAGCUCAAUAUGGGCUAAAGACAGCAUGUAUUGAGAAACGAGGAACACUUGGAGGGACUUGUCUAAAUGUUGGUUGUAUUCCGUCUAAAUCAUUAUUGAAUAAUUCACAUAUUUAUCAUAAAGUACAACAUGACAUUGAGCAUAGAGGAAUUCAUGUUUCAAAUAUAAAAUUGGACUUAGAAAGAAUGAUGAAAGCAAAAGAUCAGACAGUGGAAUCAUUAACUAAAGGGAUAGAGUAUCUUUUUAAGAAGAAUGGUGUUGAAUAUUUUAAGGGUAUAGGAAGAUUUUUAAGUCAAAAUGAAAUAGAUAUUAAGGGGACUUAUGGACAUGCUGAUAAAGUUAUCUCUGCAAAAAAUAUAAUAAUUGCAACAGGCUCUGAACCAGUGUCUCUUCCUGGUCUCAAAAUAGAUGAAAAGAUCAUUGUUUCUAGUACUGGUGCAUUAUCUUUAAAAAAAGUUCCUGAAAAAAUGGUUGUAAUUGGGGGAGGAAUUAUUGGUCUUGAAAUGGGUUCUGUAUGGUCUCGAUUAGGAUCUCAAGUUACAGUAGUAGAAUUUGCAGAUUCUAUUGGAGCUGGAAUGGAUGAAGAAAUUGCAAAACACUUAACAGGCAUCUUUAAAAGUCAAGGUUUAGUAUUAAGGACAUCUACAAAUGUUUUAGGAUGUGUUGUUGAAGGAAAUAAAGCUAAAGUGAAUAUUGAAGCUUUAAAAACUGGAAAAAAGGAAAUUUUAGAAGCAGACGUUGUUCUUGUUGCUAUUGGAAGACGACCAUAUACUGAAGGUCUUGGUUUGGAGAAUAUUGGGAUAAAUGUUGAUGAAAAGGGACGUAUUAUAGCUGAUUCUGAAUAUCGCACUAGUGUUUCUCAUAUUCGUGUUAUUGGGGAUGCUACUUUUGGUCCAAUGCUUGCACAUAAAGCGGAAGAAGAAGGAAUUGCUGCUGUAGAACAUAUUAAAAGUGGAUAUGGUCAUGUUAAUUAUAAUGCAAUACCAUCUGUUAUGUAUACAUAUCCAGAAGUUGCAUGGGUUGGACAAACAGAACAACAAGUCAAAAAAUCUUGUAUUAAUUAUGUAGUUGGGACAUUCCCAUUUGCAGCAAAUUCUAGAGCAAAAACAAAUUUAGAAACUGAAGGUUUAGUGAAGUUUGUUACAGAUAAAGAAACUGAUCGGAUCCUUGGGAUUCAUAUUAUUGGUCCAAAUGCAGGAGAAAUGAUUGCAGAAGGUGUAUUAGCUGUUGAAUAUGGAGCAAGUGCAGAAGACAUUGCUCGAACUACACAUGCACAUCCAACACUUUCCGAAGCAUUUAAAGAAGCUGCUUUAGCUGCAUGGUCAGGAAAAGCUAUUCAUUUUUAA